UUCAGAUUGGAGGGCUGCAGUUUGUCAGAGACCAGCUGUGCUUCUCUGGUCUCAGCUCUGAAGUCCAACCCCUCCCAUCUGAGACAGCUGGACCUGAGUCAUAACAACCUGCAUGAUUCAGGAGUGGAGCUGCUGUGUGGUUUUCUGGAGAGUCCAGACUGUAGACUGGAGACUCUGAGAUUGAAGUUCUGCAGGUUGUCAGAGACCAGCUUGGCUUCCCUGGUCUCAGCUCUGAAGUCCAACCCCUCCCAUCUGAGAGAGCUGGACCUGAGAUACAACGAUCGGCAGGAUUCAGACGUGGAGCUGCUGCGUGAUCUUGUGGAGAGUCCAGACUGUAGACUGAAGACUCUGAGGCUUAAUGACUAUUGCCUCUCUGAGACUGAGUGUGAAGUCAUGGUCUCAGCUCUGAAGUCCAACCCCUCCCAUCUGAGAGAGCUGGACCUGAGUAACAACUACCUGGAGGAUUCAGACGUGGAGCGUCUGUGUGCUGGACUGCAGAGUCCCAACUGUAGAAUGGAGACUCUGAGAUUGAGGGGCUGCUGGUUGUCAGAGACCAGCUGUGCUUCUCUGGUCUCAGCUCUGAAGUCCAACCCCUCCCAUCUGAGAGAGCUGGACCUGAGUCUCAACAACCUGCAGGAUUCAGGACUUGAGCUGCUGUGUGGUUUUCUGGAGAGUCCAGACUGUAGACUGGAGACUCUGAGAUUGUGGAACUGCAGUUUGUCAGAGACCAGCUGUGCUUCUCUGGUCUCAGCUCUGAAGUCCAACCCCUCCCAUCUGAGAGACCUGGACCUGAGAUAUAACAAGCUGCAGGAUCCAGGACUGGAGCUGCUGUGUGGUUUUCUGGAGAGUCCAGACUGUAGACUGGAGACUCUGAGAUUGUGGAACUGCAGUUUGUCAGAGACCAGCUGUGCUGCUCUGGUCUCAGCUCUGAAGUCCAACCCCUCCCAUCUGAGAGAACUGGACCUGAGUUACAACAACCUGCAGGAUUCAGGACUGGAGCUGCUGUGUGGUUUUCUGGAGAGUCCAGACUGUAGACUGGAGACUCUGAGAUUGGAGCAAUGCAGUUUAUCAGAGACCAGCUGUGCUUCUCUGGUCUCAGCUCUGAAGUCUAACCCCUCCCAUCUGAGAGAGCUGGACCUGAGUAAUAACAAGCUGCAGGAUUCAGGACUGGAGCUGCUGUGUGGUUUUCUGGAGAGUCCAGACUGUAGACUGGAGACUCUGAGGGUGGAUGGCAGAGUCUACAGGGCUGCACCUGCCAGACAGGAAGCAGAUCCGUCUCCAUCAAAGACAGACCCUGAUGUGUCUGAGGACAGCAGAGAGGACCAGCUGUCUCCUGAUGGUCCAGAGAGGUUGAAGCAGCAGCAGCUUGUGUGUGGAGAGGCUCUCCAUCCAGAUGAAAUGUCCCCCUUCACAGCUGAGCUGCUGACUGAGUCUGGAGAGACUUCAUACAGGAACCCAAUCCCGCUGUGUUCAGGGUCUGGCCAGAGAAUGGGGAUCCAGUGCAUUCUCAACAGUGUGAACUACAAGCCUGUAGUCUUUAGACCUCCGUUCCCGACUGAGUGUGAAGUCGUGGUCUCAGCUCUGAAGUCCAACCCCUCCCAUCUGAGAGAGCUGGACCUGAGUAACAACGACCUGAAGUAUUCAGCAGUGGAGCGUCUGUGUGCUGGACUGCAGAGUCCAAACUGUAGACUGGAGACUCUGAG